UGCUAAAGCAAAGCCAUUUGGGCGGAAUGUGACUAUCGGUAGCCAGUGAGGGUUUGAAAUUAUGAUUUAGUCUUUAUUUUGUCGUCAAACUGUCUUAGAGCAUUUUUGUAAAACCAUGUCGCUAAGACCAACCUUAAAUUACAACACCAGUCGGGUUAACUGACAGAACCGACCAACUGUUAACCUCCCUUUCGAGUAAUGUUAACGUUUAACGUUAGCUAGCUGCUUUUAUAAAAAAUAAACCGAUUACUAUCAUUAAUGGGUUUAACUUCUUUCAAUACUUUACCCGCUGUCCUGGAAAAAAAAGCAAGAUAGGCCUAACGUUACGUUAUAUUAAUAUAUUCAGGUGUGUGCGUGUGAGACACACAUUUCCAGCGUCUCCAAUGAGAUAAUGAAGUUGACGGAGAAGCAGUGGACUAUGGAUUGACUGAGAGGAUGGUUUCAUACCUCUUUGAAGGAUCAUUUAAGAAGCAAGCCAAAUUCAACCGAUUUGUUCAGCAGUGGAAAGAAACUGUGACACUAACCCUUGAGCCUGUCCCGGUACAUUCAGAGAAGGCUACAGCGGAAUCAAGUCAUGCCAUCCCAUCAUCAGCCUUCCCAGCAGUUUUCAUCAUUCCUAAAUUUCCCAGAGAUGUUCAGACAAAGUUGGACCAAAAACCGCCAUGCAAAAUUGAGAGAUCCGAUCACAACAAAAUCAUAAGAACAUUGUAUGAAACCAUGGCCCUGAUCAAAAUGUUCCCGACCAAUGAUGACUAUGUGAAAGUGUGCAAGGCCCUGAUUUUGAAAUACCCUUUCUUAAAGGACAAAGAAGGCAAUGGUUAUCAUACCUGGCACAUGUCUCUCAAACGUAAGUUCAAAUAUGAGCGGGUGCCGCUGAUAGAUGAUGAGGAGGUGAGAAGAAUGAAACUGAAAUUUGGUCAUCACAAAAAGCCUUUGCAACACGAAGAAAACACAAGCAAACGAGCCAAGACAUCAAAGGUCAGAGCAUCUUCUUUGGUUCGCUGUAUAUCUAUGUGUGCAUGUUUUACACACAAGCAGUGUGGCCCAAUGGUUAGCCCCUUAACCCAGCAUGGUAGAAAAUAGUCCCCCCCCCCUGUAAAGUGCUUUAAGUAGC